AUGUCACAUCAACCAUCAUCCACUGUUCGCGUUGCUGUCGCUCAGUUCGAGCCAGCAUGGCUUGACCUACCAAAAGCUGUCGAGAAGACCUGCCGUUUGAUCCGCGAGGCAGCAGAGAACGGCGCAAAACUUGUGUCGUUCCCCGAAUACUCAACCGAGAUGCGUCGCAUCUGCCAGAGUGCUGCAGACCACCAUAUCGCCGUUGUGCUUGGGUUCAGCGAGAACUUCAAAGGCUCGCUUUACAUCUCACAAGCUAUCAUCAAUGCCGAGGGUAGUAUCGAAGUUCUGCGUCGGAAGCUGAAAGCGACGCACAUGGAAAGGACGAUAUUUGGAGAUGCAUCGGGCUCUGCUCUCCAGAACGUCGUGGAGCUGCCGGACGUUGGACGCGUUGGUGCUCUGGCUUGUUGGGAGCAUACGCAACCACUGCUCAAAUACCACACUUACCAUCAGAGAGAAACCAUACAUGUUGCUGCGUGGCCGCCGCUGUACGAUCAUGAUGGCGGUCCAGGCUUGUACUCCAUGAGCAAAGAAGUUGGUAAACAGGUUGCCGCAGCCUCUCCCAAGUCUACGCCAUGGAGUCGCAAUCCUUUGUUCUGCAUACUACAGCGGUAA